UGUCCAACGAGUUACAAGUGCUUUUAAUUAAAUAAUGGACCAGGGAUUUAAACCGAAAAAACAAACACAUCCCAGAGAAACUGCAAACCUUUUAUCACUAAUCACAUUUUUUUACUCGUUCGCCCUCUUCAAAAAAGGCUUCAAAAAAGAGUUAGACGACGACGACAUAUACGAGGUUUUGAGCAGUUGCAGAUCAAAACAAUUGGGUGACCAGUUAGAACAGCAAUGGCAACUCGACAAGAAGAAAAACAAAAAAGCGUCGAUGGUGCGUGUCCUUUGGGCCUGUUUCGGAAAGACCUACAUGAUGUUUGGAGUGAUGCAACUGAUAAUGAGGACUAUUUUUGUAGUUGCAGUACCGGAAGCUCUGGCAAAACUGAUCUCGUAUUUUAGUCCAGGGCAAACUGAAUUGACCAAAAAAGAUGCUUAUUUGUACGCAUCUGCAGUCAUUGGUCUCGGAAUUGUUAAUUUUGUCUAUACCCAAAACUAUUUGAUAGCAUUGACCGAAUUUGCGAUCAAAAUUAGGACGGCUGUUUGCUCUUUCAUCUAUCGCAAAGCGCUCAAAAUGACCGAAUCGUCACUCUCUGAUAUAACAAUGGGAAAAAUUGUAACUUUGAUAACAAAGGACAUUUUUGCAAUUGAAAUGGUUGUAAAUUUCGGAAAUGACAUCUGGAUUGGUCUCGUUCAAACUGCAAUAAUUUGUGGCUUAAUUUAUGGCAAAAUCGGAAUUGCUGCUUUUGCGGGAGUUGGCUUUUUUCUCAUCGUUCUUCCUUUACAAAUUUUUAUUGCCCGAAUGUCAAGAUCAUUUCGUCUGAAAACUAGUAAAAAAACCGACGAACGCAUCCAACUCACCCAAGAAACCCUCUCAAGCAUCAAAACGAUCAAAAUGUAUUCCUGGGAGGAUUUCUUCAACAAAAAAAUCUCCUCAACACGAAAGAAAGAGGUCAAUUCAAUAUUUAAAUUAUUUUGCUUGAAGAUAAUCAUAAUAGUGAUUGGAGGACUGUCGGCCAAGAUUGGUUUUUAUGUCCUUGUCAUGACUUAUGUCUGGUUGGGCAACUACAUCACUGCUGAAAUCGUGUAUUUCAUCCAAAGUUGUUUCGGAAAAUUGAGACACCUCCUCAGUAUUUUGUUCCCAAUUGGUAUAACUUUCGGAGCAGAGCUUUCGGCUACCUUCAUCCGACUUCGAAGUAUUCUAGACGCAGAAGAAGUACCAACUUCUCGAAAUCACCUCGAACUUGGAACAAAAGGACCUGUUGUAAUCCUCGAUAAAGUUUCAGUCAAAAUAAAAGGAGUUGAGAUUAUCAAAAGUGUCACCAUGGAAAUACAAAGAGGGUUAAACAUCGUUGUGGGUCAUGUGGGUACUGGAAAAAGUACUUUUCUGAAAACAAUCCUCGAAGACUAUAAAAUUGAGGGCAAUUUGACCAUUUAUGGAAAAUUGUCCUAUGCUUCUCAAGAGCCUUGGUUGUUUCCUUCAACAAUCAAACACAAUAUACUCUUCGGGGAGAAACUCGACGAAGAGAGGUACAAAAAAAUCCUCGAGAUUUGUGCCUUGAAUUACGACCUGAAUUCGUUGAGUGACGGCGAUGGGACUUUUGUGGGAGACAAUGGUGUCAAUUUGAGCAAAGGCCAACAAGCUCGAGUCAAUUUAGCCCGAGCUGUUUACAAAAACGCUGAUAUUUACCUUCUCGAUGAUUGUUUGGCAGCUCUUGAUGGCCAUGUCAGUGAUUACAUCUUCAAAGAGUGCAUUUUGAGUUUCCUCAAAGACAAACUAUGUGUUUUGGUGACAAAUAAUCAUGACCAUAUCCAAGCAGCCGAUUGGAUAAUUAAGAUAACAAGUUUUACAGCCACUUACAAAGAAAACAAAAAUCAAAUCAAAUUCGAAUUGCCCAAAAAUAAACAAGUGGUCAAAAAUGACGAAAUUGAGAAAGUGGAAAAAGUGCCUGAGAGUACCAACGUUUACAAAGAAGUUAAAAAGAGCGGCAAAGUCGAUUACGAGACUUAUUUCAAAUACAUCCGAUUUGGUGGAGGGUUUAUUUGUUUUAGCCUCAUUUUGGGAAUGUUUGUUGUGGUUCAAUCAGUGGUUAGUUACAGUGAUAAGUUGGUGAGCAACUGGGUCACUCUAGAACAGAAUGUUUCAACCUACAAAAUGCAAAACUUGACUGUUUCUCCGGAAGCCGAGGCAGAAAGAUCAAGUGUUUUAAACUUGUACACCAUAAUUAUAGUUUCCGCAACCGGAUUGUCUGUAAUUAAAGCUAUGAGCUUUUUUGCAUUCAACAGAAACGCUUGCAUCAACUUACACAAAGCUAUGAUAUCGAGAGUCAUCAACGCGAAAAUGACUUUCUUUGACUCUCAUUUAAUCGGAAAUGUACUUAAUAGGUUUUCUAAGGAUUUGUGUACUAUAGACGAACAUCUUUCAUUCCUUAUGAAUGAAUGUUUGGAUUUAUUUUUGCAUCUUCUUGGAAUUGUUUUCUUGGUGGCUUCAGUCAAUACCUUGUUUUUGAUACCAGCUGUGAUUUUUUUCUGCAUUGCUUACUUAGCUCGAUUUAUCUACCUCAGAACUGGUCGCAACUUACAAAGACUUGAAGCAGCAUCUCGUAGCCCUUUAAUUGGCCACCUCAAUUCAAGUCUUGAAGGCUUAACUACAAUACGAGCCUUCAAAGCUCAGGAAAUAAUCAAAGAUGAGUUUGAUAGAUACCAGGACCAUUACACUUCCAUUAACUACAUCAUCCAAAACAGUAUGCGAGCCCUGGCUUUUGUUUUAGACAGCAUGUGUUCUAUUUUUAUCACAAUUGUGAUUGUCCGAUUUUUGAUAAUCCCAGAUGAUACUAGUGUGGGAAAUGUGGGCUUGGCCAUAUCGCAAGCUUUCCACUUGACCGGCCUUUUGCAAUAUGGAAUAAGACGUUGGGCCGAUUUUGAAAGUCAAAUGACAUCAGUUGAGCGCGUUUUGCAAUACACUGAAGUAGAACAAGAGAAAAAAGAAGGUCAAGUGGUCAAAGAGUGGCCACAAGAAGGCGGAAUUACUUACGAAAAAGUUUCAAUGAAAUACGGCGAAAGAAAAGUUUUGAAAAAUAUCACAUUGACGAUUCUCCCGAAACAGAAAAUUGGGAUUGUUGGUAGGACCGGGGCCGGAAAAUCGUCAAUAAUUUCAACACUUUUCCGGCUUUACGAUAUUGAAGGGAUUGUCAAAAUUGAUGGGAUUGAUAUAAAGGAUCUCUCCUUGGAUUAUCUACGAUCUAACAUAGCUUUGAUUCCGCAAGAUCCUCUCCUGAUUAGUGGCACAAUUCGCGAAAAUAUUGAUCCUCUGAACAAAUGCAAAGACGAAGAAAUUUGGAAAAUAAUCAAAAUUGUUAAUCUUCAAGACUUCGUGACGAGUCUCAGCGACAGGAUUGACAACAACACGAGUUUAAGUGCUGGUCAAAAACAACUCUUGUGUUUAGCUAGAGCCAUAGCUCGCAAGAACAAAAUUGUUGUUUUAGAUGAAGCUACAGCAAAUUUAGACAGUGAGACAGAUUCUCUCAUUCGAAACGUAAUCGAAGAGAAUUUUGUAUCCGCAACUGUGGUCAUUAUAGCUCAUAGAUUGGUCUCGGUAUUAGCAGCUGAUGUCGUAAUGGUUGUUGAUGAUGGGCAAAUUGUUGAACAAGACAAACCUGACAAGUUAUUGGAGGAUAAAAAUAGUCUAUUUUAUGAAAUGAUUAAACAAACUUGA